AUGCAAGCUUGGGGCCUAGAAGGCAGCGGUGCAAGGUCACAACUCCUGAAAUACCAGGUGUUUAGCCUACUUGAUGUAGAGGUCUGCGAUCUCGCAUCGCAGUACCCAGAGGACUCGAGACCAUUUUCUCUCAUAUCACCUCAGUCAAUUCUUGAGAUAUUUGAAACGACAAAUCUUACUGUGACGAUGACAUUCAACCUGCAACAACAACAACAACAACAACAACAACAACAACAACAACAACAACAACAACACGGGAUGUCCCGUUGA